AUUAUAUUAAGUAUUUUUUUAUUCUUUUGACAAGAAUUGUGAGUGUGAUAUUUUUAUAUAUUUAAUUAUUAUUUGUGGUGUUACUGUGAGAGUGAGGAUAUGUUGUGGUAUUAGAAAUUAGAGAUAGAAAGAGUUUGGUUUGAUUGAGAAGAAAACAAGAAUGGAAACGUUGGCCUCAUCUUCUUCUGCAACUCUUCCUUCUUCCUCUUCUCCCUUUUCAAUCUUCCCUUCCACACGAAUACCCCUUUCUCCCAAGACUCUCCAAUUUCGCUUACCCUCCAAGCGUGAUGAUGCUCGCGAUUCGGACUCCAACGACAACAAUAAUCUUCCUAUUCUCAGUGAUCGCAGCCUUUCCCUUUCUCCUCUCUCCAAAGAUGCUGCAAUGGGGCUGGUGCUGAGUGCUGCCACGGGUAGAGGAUGGACCACAGGUUCAGGGAUGGAAGGGCCCUCUGUUCCUGCAGUUGGUAGGGAUAGCGAAUCGGGGACGGAGAACAUAUCCACUUUCCCAUGGUCUCUCUUCACAAAAUCCCCCAGGAGAAGGAUGUUGGUGGCUUUUACUUGUACCAUAUGUGGCCAGCGAACUACACGGGCUAUUAAUCCCCAUGCUUAUACUGAUGGCACUGUUUUUGUGCAGUGCUGUGGAUGCAAUGCAUAUCAUAAGCUCGUGGAUCACUUGAACUUGUUUCAGGAGACAAAUUGCUAUUUGAAUUCAAGUUUUAAUUAUAAAGGAGAAGGAUGGGAUGAUCUUAAGUUCAGGUAUAUGGACGAUAACGACAAUGAUGACAUAUUCCCCAUUUCAUGAAUGAAGUGCCUGCAUAUGGAGCAUAUAUUUUCACCUGAUCAUAUGGAAGUUCAGUUUAGAUAUCUUGUAUAUUCUUUAGGUUGUCAUGCUUUAUAGUAAAAUUUGUCAGACUGGAUUAUGUUGUAUAGUAGAUGUUUAUAUAUAGCGUUGUACUCAUUUCAUUUGUAUGAUAAUCAAUUUGAUAAUGUACUAGAUAUCGCAUAAAUAUUUCCUUUGCUUCUC